UUUUAACACUCUCAGCCUCCCUGCGGUGCUUUCCAUCGUGUUAGAUGGAGCUUUAUGGCCCAUCCUGGAAAGCAACACCUUCAACCCCAACAUCAAUAACAAUUCGAGUUCCAAUUUUGCCGUUGCAAUCGGUCAAGAUAUAUCCCAAACCCUAAAACGCUGAAAUUCCCCAAAUUGUUGCUUCAGCCGCCGUUAUCAUUGCAACCAUGUUUCCAUGGAAAAUUGCGAAGUCGGCAGAGGCGAUGUUCUCCCGCUGGGCGACCAAGAGGGUUUGCAAAUUUUUUCUGAAGAAGAAAUUUGGGGAGUUUAUUUUGGGGGAUAUUGACCUGGACCAGCUGGACGUGCAACUCACUCAAGGAACGAUUCAGCUCAGCGAUCUUGCGCUUAAUGUGGAUUACAUUAAUAAGGAGUUUAGCAAGGCAGCAUCUUUAAUGGUCAAAGAGGGAUCUAUUGGAUGCCUAUUGGUUAAUAUGCCUUGGAGUGGUAAAGGUAGUCAGGUUGAAGUGGAUGGGCUUGAACUAGUCAUUUCUCCUUCCACAGAUAAAAUUCCAAUGGGUGAUGAAACUUGUGUUACUGGCAGUAAUGAUACUGAGCAUCUCGAGUAUGGCUCAUCUAGGACUGGCCAAGAUGUAACUGAUGAUGCGCUAAAAUCAUCUUUGAUGGAUGUCCAUGAAGGUGUUAAAACUAUUGCAAAUAUAGUAAAGGGGUUGCUCACCUGCUUCCAUGUGAAAAUGGAAAAUGUAAUUUUUGCAUAUCAUCCAUCAUUAGAUAAUGGAGACAAGAAAACAGAAUGCCAUGGGACCCUAGUUCUUCGCAUUUCUGAAAUAGAGUGUGGGACAUGUUUGUCAGAAGAUGCUGAUUCAAAUGCUGAUGUACUUGGAAUUAACCGGUUAACAAAUUUUGUGAGGUUUAAAGGAGCUAUGUUUGAGCUUCUUAAAAUAGACGAGGAUGAUAAUUGUGCGUCUUCUUUAUGUGAAUUAGGAGCAGGAUGUGGAGAACCUGUCAUGACUGGGAAAAAAGAAGGAUUUGGUGGGGAGGUGAAGUUAAGCAUUCCUUGGAAGAGUGGGUCUUUAGACAUUCGCAAAGUGGAUGCAGUUGUUUCUGUUGAUCCUAUAGUCUUAAGAUUUCAACUUAGCACCAUUAAAUGGUUCUUAUGUGCAUGGGAAAAUUAUGCUAAUCUGGAAAAGAAUGGACAAGUUUGUUCAAAUCACAAAUCAAGGGGAUCUGCACAGCUGAAAUCUACUUUGGUAUGCCAUUCGUCAAAUUCAGUCUCUGUUGGCAGUGCUGAUUACCACAAUUUUCUGGAUGAUUCCUCUAAUUUGACCUUGCUUGAACCCCAUACUGAACCUUGGGUUCCUGAGUCUCGUCUUAUAUCAAAUUGGGUACCAUUUUCUGCUGAUGUAAAUCAGAAAGAUGGUAUUCGAGAACUUGAUUUUGGGGCUAGCGUGGAUCAGUUUUUUGAAUGCCUUGAUGGAAUACGGAGCUACCAAUCAGCUUUAGGGAACAGUGGAAUGUGGAACUGGACAUGUUCUGUGUUUAGCGCUAUCACUGCUGCAUCCACCCUUGCUUCUGGAUCUUUGCAUACUACUUCUGAGCAGCAACAUGUGGAAACCAAUCUCAGAGCAACUUUUGCUGGAAUAUCUGUUGUGUUGUCUUUCAGUGAUGAUGAACAGCGCUGUUAUGGGCUACACACUGAUAAUGUGGUUGCAGACUGCAAUGAAAUUCUUCUUUCUCUUAAGGUAUGCCCUCAAGUUACAAUUGUUGAGGGAAUGAUGAAAAAUAUGGAAGUUGCUGCUUUUUUGAAUUCUGGAAUCGAUGCUGUAGAUUCUGGUUUACAAGGAUAUAAUAAUACUAAGAAUCAAAGUGCUUUGUUUCAACAUCUACAAGCUGAGGUCCUUGGGGCUCUACCAUCAUCGGUCUCUUGUGAUCUAGGUCCUGAUUCUGAUUCUUUACUUGGAUUAGCUGCAAUGGACUUUCCAUUGGGAAAUAGUGAUAGCUUAUUGAAAGUGACAUUGUUUAAAACAUCUGGUGUCACCAAUUGCAAAUUCACUUUGCAAGCAAGUUCUGACGGAAGUCUAACUGGGCCAGUAUCGUUUUCUUUGAGCCUGCCACCAUUUACUUUCUGGGUAAUUUUUUCUGUCAUAAGCGUGUUCACUAACCUGCUUAGGGAUGUUGAACAAUCGGUGGAAGUGCCCAAUAAAGCAAACAAAGAUAUGUAUAAAGCCUCAGAUAAGAAGGAAGGUUCUGAUUCAUGUGUAACAUUGCUCUCCACAACAGAACGUUUGCAUGGUGAUAUAUCAAUUUCUGGUGCAAGGGUAAUACUGUGUUUUCCUUUAGAAAGAGGUGAAGAUCAUGAGCGUUUCUUUUCAUGGAAACAGUUUAUUGCUCUUGAUUUUACUUCACCAUCACCUUCGAAGAAGAGUUUCACUUCAGACUGUAUUCCACCAUCAAAUGCAAGCUCAAAGAGGUGGUUUCCUUCAGCAGACGCAAAAUCUCUGCAACUCAGUUUUAGUGAUUUAUGCAUGUACUUGAUUACAUCAACAAGUAAUGAUUGCAGUAGAAUCAGUUCCUGUAAUUUGCAGGAUGAAAAGUUUUCUGCUAGUCGCCUUCUGUCUGUUGACAGCCAACCUGGUUGUUACUCUGUUAUUAAUGUGGUUUGGCAGGAGGGUCUGGUGACUGGUCCUUGGAUUACAAAGAAAGCCAGGUUGUUAGCAAAUUCUGAUCAAUUCAGGAGCAGAGAUGAUUUUGUAGGAAGAGGCUAUGAGUUUGCAUCUGCAUCAACGGUCAGAGAUCUGGAGGAAUUGAAAUCUCAAACUCAACAAGAGAUGAUUCUAAGUUCAUCAUUUUUCAUUCAUGUUCAUCUACCUCAACUUAUGAUCUACCUGAGUGAUUCUCAAUAUAAAGAUAUACAUCGCCUUGUACAUCAGAUGCUAAAUGAAUUGGAAUGUGUGGCUUCUCAGUCAGUCACUGAUGAGAAAGAUUCUUUUAGUUCACAAUCAUCAGUGUUUGUGGAAUGUGAUUCUUUAGAAAUUGUGAUUAGCAUGGAGACAUCUGAGAGUAUCAGGAGCUCAUUGCAAAGUGAGCUUCCAGGAUCAUGGGAUCGAUUGAAACUGAAAGUUCAAAACUUUGAUUUGCUGUCUGUCACAAAUACUGGCAGUGUUAGGGGUGCCGAAUUUUUCAGAUUAACUCAUGGUGAGGGCAAGUUGUGGGGUUCCAUCACCAGGGCUUCUGAUCAUGAUUUUCUUCUAAUUACCAGUGACAACUCCGCAAUGAAACGAGGUAAUGGGGGAGGCUCUAAUCCAUUGUCCUCUAGACAUGCUGGUUCUGAUAUCAUACAUUUGUCUGACCCAGAGAUUUCCCAUGUUUCUACAUCUAUAACUGUAGCAUGUAGUACAGUUGUUGCUGUUGGUGGUCGCUUGGAUUGGUUCAGUGCAAUAUCAUCCUUUUUCAGUUUUCCCUCUUCUGAUUCCAAUGAAGCAGGUGAUAAUACUGUACCAGAUGAAGAUGUGAAAGGAUGUUGCAGGACCGACUUUGUUCUCAACUUGAUUGAUAUUGCAUUAUGCUAUGAGCCCUAUGUGAUGAAUCCAGUGGUUCACAGUGAAGUCAAAGAUUCUGAGUCUGACUUCUCUUAUUCCAAUGAGGAUAUGGGUGAUCAACAUGCUUCUUGUCUAUUAGCUGCAUCCUUGUUGACACUUUCAACUACACCUUUGGGAGAUUUAGUUGAGAAUUGUUAUCAAAUUAGAGUACAAGAUCUGGGGCUUCAUGUGGUGUCAGGGACAAAUACUCUUUGUGGCACUUAUAGCGUAGAGCAUCUUCAGAAGGUUGGUUUCAUUAAAGUUGCACAGGAAGCAAUUAUGGAGGCUAAUUUUAAAACCAACUGUGCCAGUGGUAUUCUUUGGGCUGUUGAAUUGUCUAAUUCUCACAUCCUUGUCGAAACUUGCCAUGAUACAACUGCUAGCCUGAUUCGUUUGGGUACUCAACUUCAACAAUUAUUUGCCCCUGAUGUGGAGGAAUCAAUUGUCCAUUUGCAAAAUAGGUGGGAUAUUGUUCAACAGGCCAAGAUGAGGAACCUUGAUUAUGAAACUAAUAACCCUAGCUGUGAUACCCUGGCAACAGCUUCUCAACAAUGCCCUUCUAAGGCAUUUUUGGAGGAUGGAUCUAGAAUGGCUGGCUUAAUGGAUGAGAUAUGUCAUGAUGCAUUUCAAGUGAAUAACAAUAGUACAUUGCAGCCUUGUUCUUCUGAAACAGGAAUUUACUUGCCGCUUGAUGGUAUCUUUAUUGAUGAUAUGAAUCAGAUGAGUAUGGAUGAGCCUGAGGUCCUCUCUCAUAAAGGAUUCUUGUCUGAGUCAAUGCCUGUAAUGGGAACAGAAGGUAAUCACGCUUUGUUUUCACAGGAGGGUUUCUUUCCAGAGGUUAUUGAAGAAUAUUUUCUCUCCGACUUAUGCCCCCUGCCUGAAAUAUCGAUGGAUAUACAUUCUGAGGGACUACAUAGAUACAAGAAGAGCAAUGUGGAAGGUAGAGAUAUUGAAAGAGGAAGUGGUGGAUGGUAUCAGGGCAACUCUCUAAAAGUUGUAGAAAACCACAUUUCAGAGAAAAAUGAACAAACUGAACUAAAACAUUCUGCAGAUGGCUUACUCCUAUCUGAUGAUAAUUCCUUGCGAAAUAAGGCCUGCGGACGUGUGAUUCUUAAGAAAAUUGAUCUAAAGUGGACAAUAUAUGGUGGUUCUGACUGGCCAAUGGAGAAUGGACAGCAUUCUGGGAGAGAUACAACUGUUUGCUUGGAACUUGCAUUGUCUGGGGUGAAAUUUCAGUAUGAUAUAUUUCCAGUUGGUGGAGUAAGUUUAUCCAAGAUGUCUGUGUCUGUUCAAGAUUUUAAACUGCAUGACGGAAGCAGCAAUGCUCCGUGGAAGCUGGUGCUAGGAUAUUAUGAUUCAAAAGGCCACCCUAGAGAAUCUUCCUCAAAAGCGUUUAGAUUGGACUUGGAGGCUGUCAGACCAGAUCCUCUAACUCCUCUUGAGGAGUAUAGGUUACAUCUCGCCUUCCUUCCUAUAAAAUUGCAUCUACAUCAAUCCCAGCUUGAUUUUCUUGUUGGGUUUUUUGGGGGUAAAAGCUCAUCACCUGAUCAAUCUCCUGAUCACCAUCAAGAUGUGGAGGAUUCACAUAUUUUGCUAGAAAGGAGGAAAAAUCUUGUAUAUAAUUCUAUUGCACGUGAGGCAUUGCUUCCUUACUUCCAGAAGCUUGAUGUAGGGCCUAUCCUUGUCCGGGUGGACUACAGUCCCCAUCAUGUAGAUCUAGCUGCAUUGAGAUGUGGGAAGUAUGUGGAACUUGUAAAUCUUGUUCCCUGGAAGGGGGUUGAGCUGAAUCUGAAGCAUGUUGAUGCAGCUGGCAUCUAUGGAUGGGGCAGUGUUUGUGAAACAAUUGUUGGGGAAUGGUUGGAAGAUAUAUCUCAUAAUCAGAUUCAUAAAAUACUGCGGGGCCUUCCUGCUGUACGGUCAUUAAUUGCAGUGGGAGAUGGUGCUGCUAAGCUGGUUUCAUCCCCAUUAGAGAACUACAAGAAGGAGCGGAGGGUGCUCAAGGGUAUGCAGAGAGGUACAAUUGCAUUUCUUAGAAGCAUUUCUGUUGAAGCUGUUGGACUUGGAGUACAUUUAGCUGCGGGAGCCCAUGACAUUCUGUUACAAGCAGAAUAUAUACUCGCUACUUCUGUAACAUCGCCGUUAACAGACAUUCGAUCGAAUCAGCCUCAUGAUGCCCGCCAUGGUAUUAAACAGGCUUAUGAGAGCCUCAGUGAUGGCCUGGGAAAAUCUGCUGCUGUGUUAGUUCAGCCCCUUGAAAAAUAUCAACGCGGCUCAGGUGCAGGGCCUGCCCUGGCAGCUGCUAUUCGAGCAGUUCCUGCAGCUGCCAUAGCUCCUGCUUCUGCUUGUGCUAGUGCUGUACAUUAUGCUCUUCUUGGCAUCAGAAAUAGCCUUGAUCCCGAACGUAAAAAGGAGUCCAUGGAGAAAUAUUGUCCAUCACAACCUUGGGAAGAAGACUGAUUACAGAAUAUCAUAUAAGGAAGGAUUGACUGAUUGUUCCUUUUGCUUCACUGACCAGGCGAGGAGAUCCGAAGGGCUCUCCAUGGAGUGAGGUGUCAUGUAUCAUAUGUAUAGUAGUGGGACCAGUUAGCGUAUUCUUUUGUCAGAGGAAUUGUAAAUGCUGUAAAUAAUGGAGAGUGCUUUCUAUUCUCAUUAUCUGGGGAUAUCUUCUAAGCAUAGGGCUUCCAUUUGCAAUUUAGCAUAACUAACUGUGUACAUAAUAUCAUUCUUUUAAUUUCAAGAUAUCAAUGUAUAUUGCCGUUAUUUUUUUUUUUUGUAAAUAGCACACGCUUGUUACUAUGCUUCCAAUUGUAUAAUUUUAGAAGAGAUUGUAGAAGAAUGAUUUUGAGUAUUUGGAUUACUGAUUUUGCAGGGCAUUUCAUUGUUUUUUGCUUGUGAUUGAGUUGGCAAGCAUAUCGAUAACAAUGCAGAAAACUAUUUAUUAUUGAUUUUUAUGCCAUUAGAAAUUGCGAUCAA